AUGCCAGAGCUCGAAUACCCCAAACAGCCGUACAGCACGGUCAAGCGACUCAAUGACAGAGCCCGCUACUCCCUCGAAACCAUCCACGGCAUCAUCAACUCCUCGCCCUUUAUCAAUGUCGCCUUCCAAGACUCCACCUCCCCCUUCCCCGCCGUCCUCCCCAUGAUCGGCCAAAUGGGUUCCUUUGCCCGUCCCUCUGCCGACCUAGGCGACGUUCUCGACCUCUACCUCCACGGCUACGUCUCCUCCCGCCUCAUGAACUUGGCUCGGACCUCCCGCGACGGCGGCGAAACCGGCAUCCCAUUAACAAUGUCCGCCACUAUCCUAGACGGCUACGUCCUGUCCCUCACCCCCAACUCGCACUCCUACAACUAUCGCUCCGCCGUUCUCUUCGGCUACGCCACUCCCGUCGUCGACCAGGCCGAGAAGCUAUGGGCAAUGGAGCUGGUAACCAACAGCGUGGUGCCGUCUCGGUAUCAGAACACGCGCAACCCGCCUAACGGUGCAGAGAUGCAGAGCACGAGUAUUUUGAAAGUCAAGAUCAAGGCGGGAAGUGCAAAGAUUAGAAGUGGCGAGCCGCAUGAUGACAAGGGGGAUAUGAACGACGAGGAAGUGAGGGAGAAGACGUGGGUGGGCGUGGUGCCGGCUUGGACGCAGUUUGGGGAGCCGGUGGCGGGGAGUUAUAACAGGGUGGAAAAGGUGCCGGGGUAUUUGGAGGAGUGGAGGGUGGAGGGAAAUGAAGAGAGGAGGAGGGAGGCGUAUGAGGCUGUGAAGGAGCCGGUUAAAGGCGAAGAAGGGACGUGA